GGCGCUGUGAUAAUUUGCAUGGCUUCCGUUUUCUUUAAUGUAAUAAAAAAUCAAAUCUUGUUAGAAUCUUAUGAAGAAAGACAAAACAAUGACAUCAUCAAUAUCUCCACCAAUAUCACAGCCACGUAGUGUGAUAUGUGGAGCUCAUCUCUGGUGAACACUUUUCGUUAGAUACUUCCGUAUGCUCUUGAUAUGCUCUAUUCUUUCUACUUUAUACUCACCACUCAAACCAGAUCUCCUCUUUUGAUCUAGGUAUUUCUUUACGAGGGCGUUCAGGUGAUGUUCGUUCGCACCACUGAGUAUCGUUUAUUGAUCCUCGUUAUGAGGAAUUAAGAAAAAAUGAUGAUGUCCUUUUACUAUUCUGUAGGCACAUUUUACUUAAGUAGACUGCCUAUAGUGGUUUCCAGGUAUCAGAGGUCUGAUCAUGGAUAUAUCUCUCUAGGUAUAUAGAAAGGACCAUCAGAGAAUGUUGAGCUGCAGCUAGAGGAUGUGCAUAUUGUUGUGUAUUUAGAUAUGUUUUUCACAGGUACAAAAUUUAUUCCAUCCUCGAGUGUUUCCUCGUGGAGUUCGCCGCGAUAUCAGAGGAGUUGGAUGAGCUGGCCGUGAGAUGGAGUCAUGGAUAGCUUUUGUCAAUUAAAAUAAACGCACAUCCAUACGUUACUGGAACGUUUUUUCUUUUUUAGAUUCGAUAUGACUGAGACGCUUUUGAUUUUGUUCUCAUUUGUGUGACUUGAUGUAUUUUUCAUCUAAAUCGUUUUGUAUUUAUAUUCUAACUGGGAUUCAAUCAACACUGACACCGUCAUAAUCAAUGCUUUUCUACAUGGGGAUAGAAGCUGUGUGCAAAGCUUGGGAUCCCCGAAAAUAUCGAUUUAGAGCUCAAGAAGCUUCGACAGCGAGUCUGAUAUUUAGCUUAAUAAGAAGUAGCCUCUAUUUGAGGGGUUCACAAGUCUAUACCCUUUUCUUCUUAUCGAUAGAUUCUUGUGCAAAUCGAGAGUAAGGGUUUGCGAAUGAAUGUUGUCACGUAGAUCUACAGCGGAACCAAGUAUAAGUAACACUUUGUAAGCUGCAAUGGAAUGUUUUCAUUAAACACACUGAAACAUCUUUAGGGUGCUGCUGUCAGUGUAAUGCACACACAACGCCUGAAUCCUCAAAAGGGUGCGACUAAGGAAGUCCCCCUGUGCACAUUAUAAAACCAGAGUUUCCACACUUUACGCCUAGAUUUAAAAACACCCAUAUUAUCACAUGAGUAUUCUCACUAUAAAUUCCAUUCAGUACGUGGCUCUAAACUGACUUCGUUCCAAACUCCAUUGGUUGUCGCUCCUAUUUCAAGAGGUGCUUCUGGAUGUCUUAAUGGUGGCUCUCCGAAUGUGCGUAAGGAGGGAAGUGGUGGCCAUGAUUAUUAUGGCUGACACUGAAAAGUUAUCAAUAGGAACUGAGAGAAAAAAGUAUAGGUGAUGUUACUCAGCUCAAGGCAACAAAGGGGGGUCAGGCCGUACGCGAGCCAUAAAAAAGAUGUUGAUUUCAUAACUUGUACAUUGCAAUUCUUCAUGUUGCAGGUGAAGUUAGUCUCAUUUUGGUAGCAAAACACUUGAAGGUUGCUAUGGAGAUUCAAAAAGGCUUGCAGAAGAACACGCCUUAUAAACUCCUUACUCUGCCAGCCAUUCGAGCCGCAGAACGGCAUCAAACAGCAUCCGUGCUUUUUCCCCUUGGAGUUGCUGUUGUAUUAUAAUCAACCUUUCACUACUUAUCGUUUCUUUUGUACUAGGCUUAAUAUAGUCAAAAGGAAAAAUACCUUACACAAUAUUUAUUUCAUUAUCAAUAGCAAAUAUUUAAAUAAUAUACAAAUUUAGUCAAUUUUACACUCGAUACCAUACAAGAAUAUUGCAGCUGGCGUGAUGUCUUUUUUUUCACGUGAAACAGACACCAUUUCAGCGCAGCGUGAGGUUGAGCUGAUCUUGUUGAAUUUUCUAAAAAAAAAACAAGAUGUAUUUGAUAUUUGGCGUCAUCAUCCCGAUUUCAUCGCGCAUGUGGAGGGAAGUGGAAUGCAUUCUGAUGUCGCUUCUUUCCGCACGUCAUCUGAUGACACGAAUUCCAUGGAAACGAAAUUUUUUCGUAGUGCGCAUAUAGGUUAUGUAAAACGACAACUUCAGGAUCUCCCAAGCGGGGUUCAGGGAUUAUACCCUUCGCGGCCGUGGUUAGUGUACUGGUGCUUACAGGCCGCUGACUUCCUAGGCAUCACUGAUCAGCUCUACGCGCAGGUUCCCGCCGAUAGUAUGGCCGACUUUUUGUACGCCUGCCUGAAGAGUAACGAAGAGGUGAACACGGCUAGCUUUUAUUCGAGGGGGGUAGAAAAUAAAGGAAAGGUGAAAGCGAGGAAAGACAUCAAGAACGAUGGUGGGAAGGAAACCCAUCGACGUGAGGUCACGCCGAUCGUCGGCUUCGCGGGAGGGCCGUUAUGUCAGAUUCAGCACCUCAUCACCUCCUAUGCCGCGUGCUGCGCGCUCUGCAUCCUCGGCAAACCGGAGUACCUUUUUAAUCUUCCACGAGCUGCUAUUAAACGCUGGCUGAUCAGCCUUCGCAACGAUGACUGCAGUUUCCGCGUACACGAUGAUGGCGAAAGCGAUAUUCGAGCCUCAUACUGUGCGGCCGUUAUCACGACCCUCCUUCGUCUGGACGAUCCAGCAACGUGGAUCAGUCCACCCUCACGAGAAGACCUUUCCGAUGACGAAAUUUACGAAUCGGAAGCGGCAGAAAUCAAGAUUGCACGGGAUUCACGCGUGCUGACGCCGCAAUGCGCUCUUUUUAUUGCAGCCUGUCAAACACACGAAGGCGGUUUCGCAUGCGGGACGCUCGCGGCGGAAGCGCACGGCGCCUACACGCAAUGCGGUUUAGCGGCACUGCUGCUGGUGAAGCAACCUCAUCUCAUACAACGUGCGCGUUUACGCCGCUGGUUGGCGGUUCGGCAGCUCAGCUUUGAGGGUGGUUUUAAUGGGCGCACAAACAAAUUGGUGGACUCCUGCUAUUCCCACUGGGUAGGGGCCUCUUUUGCUCUUCUGAGCGCCUCGGAUAGCUAUGCUAAGCUUCGGAACGUCUCCCAAAGAGAACUCGCCAGGUGCAUGGCCCUACCCAUUGAUUCUUCAUCGGGCGGGGGCGAGCAACAGGCCGAUAACCUCGACGAAGAUUACUCGUUUCCAUGCCUACGGGCAAAAGAAGUGCUUCUCUUAGACUACACUCAGUUGGUUGAUGUGAAGGGUAUAAGCUGCAGCAGUGAAGCAGCAUGGGACGCGUCGGAAGAAGAGUAUCAAACGCAACAAACGUCAUUAGAGCAAUUUCUAUGCAUCGACGACGACGCUCUGCGUGAAGGGAUGAAGAACCGAUUAUGGAAGAAAAGGAUCGCAUCAAACUUCAGGAACGCUUCCGAGCAGCAGCCCCAUUCGGAUGCUGAUACCAUCGACCCUGAAAUUGAGCCCGACGAGGGUGAUUUUCUAUUUCACCAUGGGAAGCUUCAGGAAUACGUUCUCCAGUGCUGUCAGGACAAGAGCUUAGGUGGGCUCAUGGAUAAGCCGGAUUGUGCACAUGACGCUUACCACACAUGCUACGGACUCUCUGGUCUGAGCAUCUCACAGAACUUGCAGUACCUCAACCACGCGAGAUCGACCUCGCCCUACGUCAUACAUGCGUUUCAGAAAGGCUAUAUUCCUGGAAAGAUGUCGUGUGAUAAGGAUGGCCAAGCACUAUCGUGCAGUGCUAAACAAAGGAGCUACGGUGUAGUGAUAGGUGGUAAGUCAACCUUCGACAAGGCUGGCGUCAGUCUACUACGUUCUGGCAACCCGAUAUUUAAUAUGCACCAGAGUCGCGUUAGUUCGGUCCUAGGCAUGUGGGGAAUGAAAAGUUUUAUUUGA